UUUCAAACAAUUAAAUUCGCAACUUUUUAAAUUCUUGAUAAAAUUUUAAAUAUUUUUUUUUAAAAAAUGGAACCAAUUGUUUUAGUUCAUGGUGGUGCAGGAGAUAUCCCAAAAUCAAGAGUACAGGGAAAAUUACGUGGAGUUAGACAAGCUGCACAAAUUGGACAUUAUGUUUUAAAUCAAACAUUAAGUGUAUUGGAUGCUGUUGAAGCAGCAGUAAAGCAUAUGGAACUUGAUGCUGAUUUUAAUGCCGGUUAUGGAAGUGUCUUGACAACCGAGAAAACAGUCGAAAUGGAAGCGUCUGUUAUGGACGGGAAAACAUUAAAAGCCGGUUGUAUAACUGGAGUUAUUGACAUCAUGCAUCCAAUUACAGCAGCACGAAGAGUUAUGGAGAAGACACCACAUAAUUUCCUGGGAUUUCAUGGUGCCAACAACUUUGUGAGACAACAAGGAUUUGAGAUUUUAAAGUCCAAUGCUUUAGUGACUGAUCAAGCAAUGGAUGCUCUUGAGAAUUGGAAAGAAGAACAAAAGUCGGGAAAUCUUAAAUUUGCAAAAACUGAAAUCGGACAUAAGAAGGAUGAGAGAGGAGACACAGUUGGAGCUGUAGCAAUCGAUCAAUAUGGAAAUAUAGCAGUAGCAACAUCUACAGGAGGAAUUACAGGUAAAUUACCAGGACGAAUAGGAGACACGCCAGUUUUGGGAGGUGGAACUUACUGUGACAAUCGAUAUGGAGGAGUAUCAACGACUGGACAUGGAGAAACAAUCAUGAAAGCCUGUUUAGCUCACGAUAUUGUCAAACGCAUUGAUUAUCUCGGUGAAGAUGCACAAACAGCCACAGAAAUUGCGUGUAAAAACAUGACAGACAGAUUUUUAGGAACUGGCGGUGCCAUAACGAUUGAUAAUAAAGGAAAAGUUGGUGUGUCAUUUACAUCACGUCGAAUGGCAUGGGCUUAUCAGAAAUUAAAUAUGAUGCACUACGGAAUCGAAAAAGAUGAUCAUUUUGAACAGAUUGUGGAACAAUCAGAAGUUGAAUCAUUAAUUGCUGGAAAGUCCACAUAACUGCCUCAUCUCAUCAAAAUUCAUAACAUUUGUUGACUAACAUUGAGUCCUCAUGAUUAAAAUAAUAAAUUUUAUACAAAAUACAUCUCACUUCCGCU